AUGACGACAGGAUCCCUUGCGGUCCAUUAUCACUCCAUGCAGAACUACUUACUAGAAGAUGCUAACGUGGCUGUGAACUUGUUCAUCGCUUCAGAUCGACUGGCUCGAUCCCAAGCACGAUCGGACGCUCAGCCGCAAUGCACCCGAUCCCAUGAUUUCUGCAGAAACACGAUAUAUUGUAUUCAACGCACGCGUAACAUGUCUUGUUUCGACUGUGUCUCGAACCAAGAAGAAAGCGGCACACAAAAGCCACGAUCGAACAUGGACAAAGACAGGCGCAAUUCGGAGAGGAAACAAGCUCUCCAAUUUCGGACCCCGCCAAAGACCAAGGCCAAAAGUGUUGGAAAUGUCGCUAAUUUCCGUUUCCGGAAAUCCAAUCCACAGGUCAAAACAAGGCGCUUCACCUCAAGGCUCGCCGAUGCCCGUCAACUUCACCACAAUAGUAGUGCCUUGGUACUAUUGUUCAUGUGUCGAUGA